AUGGACGAGAGUAGUUCCGAGUCCGAGUCGUCGUCUAGCUCAGAUGAUUCGGAUACCGAUGACGAUAGCGAUAUGCGUGCCAGGCGGAGACCUGUUCGACGAGAAGGAUGCGGUCACGAUGGUCAUGACCUUGAGCACGAUCACGACCAUGAAAUUAAGAAAGCGAAGAGGAAGAGGCCGAGUCCGAAUGCUUAUGAGCGACAGCCCAGGAACGAGCGUAGACCUACGCAACAGCCCAAGGCUGCUGAUUAG